UGGCUAAAAUCCUAUAACACUAUUAGCGUUAUAAUCUGAUAAUCAUACAUCAAACAGUGAAUCUAAAAUCUAAAAAAAAAAACAACAAACAAAAGGGAUUGUUUGUGUUGACUGCACAGACUUCCUCUUUUUCUGUCCAGGUUCCCCUUACACGUGACUUCAAGAGUUAUAUUAAAACUUCCUCUUUUAGUCUAUAACAUUCACAGCUAGACAAGCAGCAUUUGUUUUCUCAGAUCUUUUCAGCAGAGGACUGAACUGCGGUAGUUUUAGUGUGACCAGCCCUUGAAUCAACAGAGACCUCUCUAGAAGCUACCAUGGAUGGAAGUUUGCUGUCUUCGAUAUCCGAUGGCGAGUCGCCUCCCAAGGAGAGCACUUCAUCUCUAAAUUCACUCCAGGAGACUUCUCUUCCCAGUGGGCUGGAAGAGGAGCAGAGAGAGAAAGAGGAGGAAGAGGAGGAGGUGGAUGAGGAGGAGGAGGAAGAGGAGGUGGGGAGUGAGCACCUCCUCUCGACUGAGGAGCAGGUGACGCUCAUCACCGACAGCAUGUCCGUGACGUCGGCCGAUGAGGAGAAACUACAGCUGCUUAACAAGAACAUGGAACUGCGCAGAAUCAACAAGGAGGUGAUGAAGCUGAAUGAGGACUGGGACCACAUCUACCGCAGCACCACCCUGAGCCUGCAGCAGAGGAUGGACGCCCUACAGAGAGAGAUCAGCAGCAUCCGCCAGCUCAACAGCAAACUGUUGCUCAAGGUGGAGCAUGAACAGAAUAAAGGGGAAUACUAUGAGCACACUCUGAUGGAAGAGCUUAAGAAGAACCAGCAUCUGCAGGAGUACAUUCAACUGCUGGAGGGCCGCAUGCAGCAGUCACACUCAACCACAGACUGGAGCAUACUAACACCGAGUUCAGUGAAUGGAUCCAGACCGACAGAAACCAACACAGACUCCAAAUACUCCCCGGAUCAGAAGAGGCCUGCUCACCACAUCAAUGGUCAUCUGACUGGACCACAUCCUCCUUCAGAGUGCAGCGCUGCCCGUGGCAAAGGACAAAGCGAGGCCGGUAGAACACGCUCAAAGCACAACCUCUCUGAGGUGCAGGACCUCAAGGACCAGCUGGAGGCUCUGAAAUGCCAGACUAAGAUCUACGAGGCGGACUACAGAACCGAGCACAAGGACCACGAGCGCAUGCUGCAGGAGAACAAGAGACUGCGGCGCAGGGAGGGCGAGAUGCGUCAGCAGAUGGCGCUCUUGCAGGAGCAGCUGAAGGUGUACGAGGAUGACUUCCAUAAAGAGCGGUCUGAUAAGCAGGUCCUCCAGCGACUCCUGAUGAAGAAGACGUCGCCCCCGGCUGGGGAGCGGGAGCCCGCGCUGGUGCACCGCUGCAGCGCCAGCAGCCAUGAGCGCGAGCGGGAACAUGCCCAUGAGCGCGAGCGGGAACAUGCCCAUGAGCGCGAGCGGGAACGUGCCCGGGAGGAGAGGAGGAGGAAGAGGGAGGAACAGCGAGGCCUUCAUCACCCCACCUGCCCCAAGCACUGUCAGCGCCAUGCAGUGGGGGAGUUCUCCUGAGUCCACUGCACACACACACACACACAC